AUGAAAUUGGAAUUGAAUUGUUGAAGCUUUGGCGGGUUAGCGCUUAGCAGUAGCAGAGGGUGGCAGAGGAAGAUGGAGUUCAAGUGCUCCGACGUGAAUCUAUGGAGAGAGGCUCUCUCCGCCUACUCGGCUCGGAUCGAAUCCCUCAACAAGCCCGACCUCGUCUCCCUCGACUCCUUCUACCGCCACCAGCUCCCUCCUCUUCUCCGCGGCCGGAACCCUAACCCUCACAUCACCAAGUCGGAGCUCUCUCAGCUCAUGAAAUGGAAGCUCACCCGCGGCAAAUGGAGCUUGUGUUUUUCUGCUGAGAUUGAGUUUAGGCCUCGAUUGAUGGACUUUGUGUCGUCAUUGGACGAGGGAACGGUCAAAUCUGCUUCUCAAAAGGCUUUUCAAGCACUUCCAGAUAUCUCGAAAGUUGUAUCUGAGCUUACGGUAUUGAAAGGUGUUGGCCCUGCUACAGCCUCAGCUAUUCUCGCUGCAUACGCGCCUGAGGUUGCACCGUUUAUGUCUGAUGAGGCUAUGGAAGCAGCUCUUGGUAGCUCGAAGGAUUACUCCUUGAAGCAGUACAUGUUAUUUGUGGAGAAGCUACAGGCCAAGGCAAAGGAAUUGAGUACCGAGGUUGAUGCCUUCACACCAUCUGAUGUAGAGAGAGCUCUGUGGAGUUCUGCUGCGGGAGCCAAGUUGAGUGAUCCUCCAUCACUGUCCAAGACUAGCGUGCAAAGUGGGUCCAAGAGGAAGAGAAAGCCUUGAUUUUGGUGAAAGCUGGCAACGAAUCUUGCAGCAAUUGAAGAGCAUUUUUGUCCACAUAGCAUCUGAUUCUGGACUUCUCUGUCUGCAUGCAAACUUGGUAGUUAAUUACUUCCAAGCUGUUGGUUGAUGGGUUUGCUGUGUACGAGGGGGCUGGAUUACUCAUCAUGAGUUUUGCAUUCCCAUCAAUUUAACACUGAUAUCUCUUGGAACUCGAGAUUGGAUGAGAGAUCCCGCAUUCUGCUUUUGAAAAGAUUAUAUGCCCUUUGGCUUCAAUAAUAGGAGCAGACGGUCAAAGCAUGACCUCUGCCCUGUUUUGGUCCCCAUAAUAUGCAAGGGAAGCUUGGAAUUUUGCGCUCAACCUCUUGAAGUCUGUCCCUUCCACUGGGAGCUUUUGUGAGGUUGUCUUUGGAAGUACAUGGUCCCCAGACUACCACUUGACGCCAUCAGGUAAAUGCCUCCAACACAACCAAAAUUCCUUGCAUUUUAUCCGCCGCCUGCAUUUCAAAUUCAACGGUUCACUGACCGUUUGCUGGGCCUUAUCACAUGCUCUAAUGUUCUGCCUCUGGCUCUUUGUCCGGCAUGCCAUAUAUGUCCAUUUGUCUUCCUGGGUGUUCCUAAAUUCCCUAUUGUGCAAAUUUCCUUUGCUUCAUUAUCGGCAAGAAUGCCAGCCUGCAUUUGCAGAAUGGCAUUAUAAAGGGGGCACUAUUUAGAUCACUGGGCAUUGUGCAUUGGCUAUACCCCCGACCUGACCAGUCACGAACAUGAGUAUAUGUCGUAUCUAUUUCCUGUCCAUGGCACGGUCCAACUUCCUUGUGAUAAACAUCAACUGUUUGAGCUUUAGGGAGCCUUUGCAUGGGGUUGGGCCUUCUUGUUUGUGGGCUUCCAUUCUUUGAUGUAAUUAUCUCGCUGUCUUAAAUUCCUACGUUGGUAGGAAAUGGAAAAUCGGCUAUAUGUCGGUGUAUGUAUAAUGGGUGGGGAUCAUAUAGUAUUGGACCGUUAUCCACUAGGCACAAUAUUAUUAGAUCUGCGACGUCAAUCACGGGCCUUUCACACGCCGGUCUCCAUCACGGUGCGUAGAUGUUUGGUCGAGCCAGAGGGAAGGGACGUGAAAGGUGCUGCCAGUUUUCUUCA